CUUAACCUGUGCGAGUUGUCAGAUAAACGCGGGAAAUCUUUCAACUGCGCGUUAUUGCGCGUAGUAAAAAAACCAACGGCGCGACAAUGACACAGCGUCGUAUAGAUUCCUUCUUCAGUAGAAUAUCGUCCAAGGAGAAGAUUUCUAAUCAGGAUAACUCAGAGAGCAACUUGUCAGAGAAGAAGGACGUAUUGGGAAAUAGUAAACGUAAGAGAGACAAAAGUAUCGAACCUGUCAGUUCUCCCUUAAAGAAGAACUUGAAUACUAAUCUUAAGAAACCCAAGACUGCUUCCAAAACUCCAUCUCCAGGUGCAAAGUCUCGAGCAAAACCAGCAUCUAAGCAAAAUACUAACGCAAAGGAUGCAAAAAAGAGGAAAAAAAAUCUUAGUACAGUGAGAGAAAAUGAUACAGAUAAUGAAGCAAAGUCUUGCGCAAAAUCAGUAUCUGAACAAAAUGAUAAUACAAAAGAUAAGGAUGCAAAAAAGAAAAAAAUAGAUCUUAGCACAGCGAAGGAAGAUGAUACGGAAAAUGAUUCGGAGUCUUCUGAGGAAUCAGUAUUCGAACAAAAUGACAAAGAUGCAGAAAAUAAAAAUGUAAAAGAUAAAGAUGCAAAAAGCAAAAAUGGAAAUCUUGGCACAGUGAAAGAAGAUAAUGCGAAAAGCGAAACAAAUGAUAAGAAAGCAAAUGAAACAAGUAACAAUCAAUCUUACAAUCCUAUCGCAUCUAAGUACGAUCCGAUAAAUAGUGCGUGUUGGAAACGAGGUGAUAAAACGCCAUAUGGCGCGUUCACGCGCACUUUGGAACUCAUUGAGGAGACGAGCGCCAGGCUGAAGAUAAUAGAGAUAUUGUCGAAUUAUUUUCGAUCUGUCAUAGUUCUGAGUCCGACGGAUCUUUUGCCGAGUGUAUAUUUGUGCCUUAAUCAACUUGCGCCGGCAUACGAAGGAAUUGAGCUCGGAGUUGCUGACACGAAUCUAAUGAAGGCGAUAGCGCAGUGCACUGGAAGAACGCUGGCUCAGGUUAAAGCCGAUGUAAAGAGGGUCGGCGAUUGCGGGCUCGUAGCCGAAGGCAGCAGAUCCAAUCAGAGAACCAUGUUCCAACCAGCGCCGUUGACGGUUUCCAAUGUAUAUUCCAAACUGAAAGAGAUCGCUCAAAUGACUGGGCAAGCGUCUUUAGGAAAAAAGCUGGACAAGAUUCAGACCCUAUUUAUGGCGUGUCGUAAUAGCGAGGCGAGAUAUCUUAUUAGAUCGUUAGCCGGGAAACUUCGCAUCGGACUGGCAGAGCAAUCCGUUUUGCAGGCGUUGGCUCUAGCUUGCGUAACUACACCACCGGAACAAACUUACCCACCAGAAAAUCUGGACAUGAGUAAAACAAUGUCGAAGGAUCGCUUCAAAGAGCGAUAUGACGAAAUAGCGCUUAUACUGAAGACAACCUAUUGCGAAUGUCCAAACUACGACAUUAUAAUUCCUGUUUUGCUGGAAGACGGCGUUAAAGCUCUACCCAACAAGUGCAAGCUCACUCCUGGAAUACCUUUGAAACCUAUGCUGGCGCAUCCCACAAAAGGUGUUCAGGAAGUUCUUACGCGAUUCGACGGCUUGAAAUUCACGUGCGAGUGGAAGUACGACGGGGAAAGAGCACAGAUACACGUUUCGAACGACGGCAAAAUUAGUAUUUACAGUAGGAAUCAAGAGAACAAUACUAGCAAAUAUCCGGAUAUCAUUAAUCGAUUUAAAAAUACUCGCGGCGAUUCGGUAAAAAAUUGCAUACUCGACUGCGAAGCGGUCGCCUGGGACAAAGAGAAGAAUCAGAUCUUGCCGUUCCAAGUACUUAGCACGAGAAAACGAAAGGACGCCAACGAGGAGGACAUUAAAGUGCAGGUAUGCGUGUUCAUGUUUGAUCUUUUGUACUUGAACGACGAGCCGUUGGUGAAGGAACCGUUCUCGAAACGCCGCGAGUUGCUGAAGGAGCACUUCAAAGAAGUGGAGGGCGAGUGGAAGUUCGCUAAUAGCAUGGAUACCACGACGAUGGAGGAAGUGGAAGUUUUUCUCAACGAGUCCGUGAAGGGAAAUUGCGAGGGUCUAAUGGUAAAAACGCUGGAGGAAGAGGCAACCUACGAAAUCGCGAAACGCUCGAGAAAUUGGUUGAAAUUGAAGAAGGAUUACUUGGACAGCGUCGGCGAUACGCUCGACGUGGUUGUGAUCGGUGGUUACACCGGCAAGGGAAAGAGAACUGGCACAUACGGCGGUUUUCUCUUGGCUUGUUACGAUCAGGAAAACGAGGAGUAUCAGAGCAUCUGCAAAAUCGGCACAGGCUUUAAAGAUGAAGAUCUGGAGAAUCACACGAAAUUCCUCAAGGAUCACGUGAUACCCCAGGCGAAAUCGUACUACCGUUUCGAUAGUAGCCACGAGCCGGAUCACUGGUUCGAGCCGGUCCAGAUCUGGGAGAUCAAAUGCGCCGAUCUCUCCCUCUCGCCCGUUCACAAGGCGGCCGUUGGAAUAGUUGAUCCGGAGAAGGGAAUAUCGUUGAGGUUUCCGCGAUUUAUUAGAAUUCGCGAGGACAAGAAUUGCGAGGAGGCCACUUCCGCCCAGCAGGUCGCUGAUAUGUAUUACAAUCAAGAACAGAUCAAGAAUCAAACGUCGGGAUCAAAGGUCACGGAGGAGGAUUUCUAUUAAUCUUUCGCGAUUCUAUUCAUUUCAGAAUUGAACGUGGUUUGUGGCUGAGAGCGACAAUGGAUUUUUGUAAUUUAUAUAUUGCCAAGCACAAAUUAAUCAAAAGUAUUUUUAUUAUUAUAAUUGUCUGUAAUAGAUACUGUAAAUAAAAAACACGGUUCGAUAUCCUAUUCGGUUUAUGCAACCGCGCACGUGUCUUACUCAUUGGAUUUGAAGCUGAUUUAAUUUAUAUCACACUGAAUUGUGAUUAUAGUUUUAUAUUAAUGUUUUAUUUAGCGAAUCAACAUUGUCUUUAUCCACGCUGAUUAAGAAUUGCUGAAGUUUUAGAAAAAUUACACAUAUAUCGAUACCACGAAAAAUGAUUCAUAUCAGAGAUGUGUGGUUUACUUUUUAUCUAGUACGCCCUUAUCCACUUAUCUCUGUUUUAUAUUUACCAGUGAUAAACCGU